AAGUAUCUUUGUUGUGUGAAUAAAAAGGAAAAACAAUAUCCGUAUCUGUAAGCAAUUAUCAUUUGGCACUUAAUGAAGAAAAGUAUCUCCUUGAAGGAGUUUUCCACGACACCCACUGUGUCAUAUAUGCUUAGUAAGGAUGGACAUAAUUUAGCCACGUCACUUCAUCACCUCCAGGCCCAGCAAGUGAAGGCCCCUACUUCCCAACCACCAAAGGACCCACCAAAACAGAAACCAGCAGAUAAUGAUGAUGUUAUGUACGAAAUGGAGUAGAUGUAUCUAUCAGAAUCAUCAAUUUACAUGAAUAAACAGAGCAACUACAUCUAAGAGCGGAUGUAAAUUCUGAAGGGACUUUUUAAAAGCAUAGUUGGUCUGCGAAUCGGUUUCAAAUCCUCCUCGAUUAUUGUUAUUAUUAUUCUCCAAAUGCUGUGAACUUUUUUCUUGGUGUCCUACUUGUUUAAACUUCUUUUUUAAUCUUAUUUGCUUUCCAGGGUGCCGCUAUUUCAUAUCAGAGUAUUUCCAAUUAGAAAAUACUUCGAACUUAAUGGUGAAUGUUAUAUCAUCUUGAAUUCAAUAAGAUAGUUGAAA